AUGCAUUCCCUUGUACAGGAACUGGAAAACACAACUAUUGCUGACGGCGUGCCAGAGACCCAGCUGGAUGGGGCUGCUGCCACAGAGGCAGGACCAGCAGCAACGACAGGAGAAGUAGUCAAAAAGAAGAACAAGAAGAAGAAGGCCGCCGCAGCAGCUCCUGUGAAUGGUGAAGCAGAGCCAGAGAAGGAGGAGAAGGAGGAGACAUCAAAGGACGCAAACGCAGAGGACGACGACGAUGAAGACGACGAUGAAGAGGAAGCAGUUGCCUCGGGGACUGCUACUGCUGGCGCAAAGAAGAAGAAGAAGAAAAAGACCAACAAGAAGAAGAAAAAGAUCCAGACAGAGCCUCCGACUAUCCCACUCUCAGUGUUGUUUCCAAGCAAGAUCUACCCAGAAGGAGAGCUAUGCGAGUAUAAGGAUGACAACCUGUGGAGAACAACGGACGAGGAAAAGCGUGCGGUCGAGAGACAGAACUCUGACCAAUACAACGAUGUCCGUCGCGCCUCAGAGGUACAUCGUCAAGUCCGUCAAUACGCCCGUCGGAACAUCAAGCCCGGGAUGACCAUGACCGAGAUCUGUGAGAUGAUAGAGAACGGCACACGGACGCUCGUCGAGGCCAACGGAUUUGAGUCCGGAAUUGCGUUCCCGACAGGAUGUUCGUUGAACCAUUGCGCGGCGCAUUAUACGCCCAAUGCGGGAGAUAAAAUUGUCCUGCAAUAUGGAGAUGUCUGCAAGAUCGAUUUCGGUGUCCAUGUCAAUGGAAGAAUUAUCGAUUCGGCAUUCACGCUUACGUUUGAUCCGGUGUAUGACAAUCUCUUGGCGGCUGUCAAGGAUGCUACGAACACUGGUAUCAGAGAGGCCGGUAUUGAUGUCAGGCUCGGCGAUAUCGGAGCUGCUAUCCAGGAAGUCAUGGAGUCGUAUGAAGUCGAGAUCGGUGGCAAGACGUAUCAAGUAAAACCGAUCCGCAACCUGACAGGACAUUCCAUUGACCUAUACAAAAUUCACGGAACGAAGGCUGUGCCGAUCGUCAACAACGGAGAUCCGACAAAGAUGGAGGAGGGCGAGUAUUUUGCGAUCGAGACCUUUGGAAGUACAGGACGUGGUAUUGUCCGAUACGAUAUGGAGACGAGUCAUUAUGCUCGUGCCUAUGACAUUCCCAAGAUACCCAUUCGUCUUCCAAGGGCUAAGGCACUGUUUGAGACCAUCAACCGCGAAUUCGGUACGCUUCCGUUCUGCAGGCGAUACUUGGACCGCGUGGGCGAAGAUAAGUACCUGUUGGCGCUCAAGAGUCUUUGCGAUUCGGGACAUGUGGAGGGAUAUCCACCAUUGGUCGAUAUCAAGGGGUCUUUUACAGCGCAGUAUGAACAUACAUUAGUCUUGCGUCCCACGCGCAAGGAGGUCUUGAGUCGUGGCGAUGAUUAUUAG